UAUUUAAUUUCUUUCCCCAAAAGACCAAACCCUAGAACACAAAUAAUACCAUUUUCCCAAAUCCAAGAAAAAGAAAAUUCAUUUAAUUUCUUUGAUAAAAUCAAAUCUAAUUUGCGAUCAACAACUUCACAAGCUUAAUCAUUGCAUCAAUUUCAAUUUAAGGUUAUUGGUUGUGGGGUUGAACAAUCAUAGGAUAUGAGGUUUAAAAAAGGAAGUAAAGUUGAGGUGAUGAACAAGAAGGAUUCACCUGUAUCGUGGUGUCCUGCAGAGAUCGUAUCGGGUAAUGGACAUACCUACUCUGUAAGGUAUGAUUAUUAUCCGUCUACGGAAAAGAAAACGAGGGUCGAGAGGGUUUCGAGGAGGGAUAUUAGACCAUGUCCCCUGAUUCUAGAAGGCGUGGAGAAUGGACAAAGUGGUCAGAUUAUCGAGGUGUUCGAUAACUGUUGUUGGAAAACUGCUAUUAUUGUGAAGGUUAUGAAUAGUGACUGUUAUUUGGUACACCUGACCGGGUGCUCUGAGGAGAUUCGGGUUCAUAGAUCGAACAUCAGAGUGCGACAAUGUUGGCAAGACGAAAAAUGGCACUUGAUUGGAAAGGGUUCUGGGACGUGUGCAAAACCUGACCACCUUCCUGCUCAAAAACCUUCUAAAAAUGUGAGCAGAAAUGGGUUUCAUGUUAGAGAUGGAGAUUUGGCUGCUAAGGGAAACUUUAAAAGGCAGAAGUGUAAUGCUAACUCUUUGGUGUUGCUUAAGAGGGUGUCAGACGAAUCAUCUAGAAACAUUCAGGGAGAUUUUAAGAGACGGAAAAUAGUUCCGUCUGCCUUAGAGGGAAAGACACAUGUUAAUGUCAGGUGCAAAGGAAAUAUGAUGGAUAAAAAGAAGUAUGUGAGUGCUUCGUUUAACAAUUGGUCGGAUGGAUAUUAUGGAUUGAACCCUACAAAAAGAAGUGCUGCCACUGGCUAUUCCCCUGCAAGCAUUGGAGAAUCUAAUGAUUCUGAUGCAUGCUCCGUCGUGAUGCAGAGUCUUUUCAAAGUUCAGCAGAAGCACAUGAGGAGGAAAGCUCGAAUGUAGCAGAAAGUAUUCGUGAGUUGGAGUUGCACGCUUAUAGAUGCACUUUGGAGGCAUUGUAUGCUUCUGGUCCCUUGAGUUGGGAACAAGAAGCAUUAUUGACAAAUCUCCGCAUUGCACUCCAUAUUUCAAAUGACGAACAUUUAAGAGAGCUGAGGACUUUAAUUUCUUCUGGAAAUGGUAUUCAUGUCAGUUGAUAAUUAAUUUCUCCAUUUUGUUUUUUUUUUUUUUUAAAUGGUAGGACCACAUCCAUGUUUUGACUUGAGUAGCUUUUGUAAAAGCAUGAAGUAGGUGACACAUUUGUUAAUUCUCUCUUGGUCGUUAACCUCCACUUUGUAGACAGUUGGCCAAUUUGUAACUAUGUAUCAUGCCGUAUAUUCUUGGAAAGAAAUCGACUCAAUUAUUCUUAAAUUCAUACUUCUUUGAACUUUGUAAUGAAUGACUGAAAAGUCUUGUGAUGUUAUUUCUGAAGGAGCUUGGGUAUUUCUGUAACAUCAUUGAGCUGUAAAUAUCACUUUUUCCUGAUGUGUAAUCUAGUCAAUGACAUUCCUGCUAUGGAAAUGUCAAAGUCUAAAUGUUACAACCGAAAAUCUUUUUUCAUUGGGCGGAAAAACAGAUUGAAAUGAAGCCAGUUAGUUCUUGCUGAAUGCUUUUUUCUGAAUUGGAAAAAACCAAGAGUGGAUGCAUACAUAAGAAGACCUUUUUCUAUGUAUGAUGCAAAUAAAACAAUUCUAUUUUUCUAUUUCUACUUCAGCAGCUGUUAAUCAAGAACUGAAUUUGGUGAACUCGUUGCACCUUGUUGUAACAUACUUAUGGAUUUUAUUUACUCAUUUUUUUGAUCUCCUCGCAAUAUGGAAGUAUAUGGAUUUAUUUUCUCUAUUUUUUUUAUUCACGGAACAUGUGCAUUUUCCAGGGCGACAUUGGGAUGCGUGCAUCCUUUGCCUCCUAAAGUCCAAAGAUGAUGCUUGCAUUUGCAGCACCUCUCCUGGCCAUAGAGAGGACUCAUGCAACGUCUGUCUCAGAUAAGACAAAUUCAUGGCUUGUUAUAUUACUGUUUUACAGCUUCAUGAUUUGUUUUGUCUGGUUAACUUCAACAUCUUUAGCCUGGUUUUGCCGAAGGAAGUGAAUUUCUUAAGAUGUUGAAACUAUUGUGCAUGAUCUUAUGAUAUAUGUCUUUGUAUUGCUAGCUAUCUGAUUGAAGUUGUGCUUAUUUUUCCUCUAGAAGAUCAAUGAACUUUCUGUACAUACAGAGGAAAGUAUGUGGUGUCUUUCUAUAGACAUUAGUUCGAAAGAUAUCUAUUUUUUGUUGGGUAGUACGGAGAUGAAGGUGGUCAGAAUUGAUGCCCAUAAUGAAACUAGUAGUAAUAUUCAUCACUUAGCACUUCUAAAUUUUGUUGGAUUGGUAGCCUUUGUACUAGCAGGAAUUAAAUCUACACUGCAUGUGCAAAAGUGUAUGCUCUUCAUCCCUCCUGAAAAGUUACGGCUCUUUGGGCUAACAGCAUAUUCUAGCAUUCCUUCUGCCUGUAAAUUAACAUUUGGAAUUUUUUCUAGUAUAGCGAGGGUAAAAAUAAAUCUGCUGUUUCCAGAGUCUUUGAGAUAUCGAGUUAGCUCAAUAUGAUUCAAGAAUAGAUUUCUCUGUUGGAGGAAGGCUUUACUUCCGUGCUAUAGUUUUAUGAUGUGGAAUAGUAGUUAUUUUUUAUCAAAGAUAUUGGAGAUUGUUAAUGACCAGAAGUUGCUGCUCAUCAUUUGAACUUUCAUGAAGAGGUUUUUGCUUGAUUUAAGGCGUGUUUGGGAUGACGGAAAAUGGUUUUAUGGAAAAUGUUUUUCAGAAAAUAAGUCAUUUUCUGGUGUUUGGUUGCUAGAAAACAUUUUCGACAUUUUCCACCAACAAAGGGAAAACGACUUACCUCGCUUCAGUCAUUUUCCAACUUUUAACUUCGUAUCAUUGCUCUAACCAAUACAUGGAUGAUAGAUAUUAUUAUCAAUCUUUCAUACUCGAGUGUUUUUCUUUGAGCCGGUCUAUCGGAAACAACCUCUUUGCCUUCUCAAGGUAAGGGUAAGGUCUGCGACUCUGCGUACACACUACCCUCCUGAGACUCCACCUGUGGAAUUACACUGGGUUUGUUGUUGUUUCAUACUCGAGAGUUUCAUGCAACACUAUCCAGUCUGCUAAUAUUCUUAACAAUCUUCAAUAUAUGUCUUCCGAAAAACAUUUUCCACUCACCUACCAAACACCAGAAGAAAUAAGUCAUUUUCGGAAAACAUUUUCCAGAAUUUUUCUCCAUCGUAUACGAAACACACCCUUAAUGUAAUCUUGCAUUAUAUUAUCUGUUCUUGACUUGAGUUGUGCUUCUUUUGGUCAAUGAGUAUACCUUGGCAGUUUCUGUCUCUGCAUGGACUGAAGAUACAUGUUUCAUCUGGAUAAGAGAUUCUGUGACAGGUUUCUAUAGUUCUGUUGAAAGAAUUUCCUUUUCCUUUUCCUUUUAGACUAUUGUUUAGUGGUAUUGUUUCACUUUUUUUUGCUAUCAAGUGUUUCAGUAGCUGAUGCAGAGUUGUAAAUUCCUCCCAUUUUCAUGGCUCAUACUUGAGGUAAAGAGUAUGUAACUUGUAUACUUUUCUAAUUAACAGUGGUGGUACUCCUCAUUUUUCAUUUCCUUCUGCUCAAUGGAAAGGCGGCCCCUGAGGUAGAGGCGGUUCCAAGACUUAAAUUUGAUGGACUCGACCUUUAAAUUUAUGGCAGCUUACACAAAUAACAACAUUUUAGAAGCUCUUAACGAAUAGUAGCUACCUUUUACUUAUUUACGGUUCGUAGCUACAUUUAGGUAAUUCACAUGUAUUUGAGUGUAGUUGGAUACACUGUGAAGUUGUAUCCAACCUUAUCUGAUGUCACGUGUAUGUGACAGUAUUUGAAUACAUGCAACCUUAAUUUCUCUGAAUACAUAUGUAUUCAAAAUGUUUGUAUUUCACUAUUGAUAUAUCCUUUUGUUUUGGCUGUA